CUUGCAUGAUGAACAUCUCAGAAUGCCUCACUCACACGAUACGAUGGAUGGCCAUAUGGCCAUUCAUUCAUAUGUGCUGUAAUGUAUCUAACCCAUCGACGUGUCCAGAUGGACGAGUCGCGUCCGCACACCCUCACUCACCGUGUCAAUUACGACACUACAGCACACCACAGCACACCACACUGCCUACCCUACCCCCCAGCCGCUGGCCCCCCUGCAGGCUCGCCACCCCCCUGCCCACCCCCGCCACUCCUCAUGCGGCUCUCCAUCUCACUGGAUGCGAACGCCGCCACGCUGGCGUCACACUCGGUGAUGAGACAGUUGGGCCAGCGAGUCUGCAGCGCCGCCUCGAGCGUCACCUCGUACCGGUCGCCCUGUGCGAAGGUCUGGUCGAUGUCACUCAACUCUACCAGAAACCGAUGGAGAGACGGACCUGCAGGGCAGGUGGAAACAUACACGGGAAGGAGGAGGACGAUAGAUAGGUCAGGAAUGUGAGUGGGCGGCGUGGGUGUGUCCAUGUAGGCAGGUACCCUACCUGGUGGGUCUUGUCCGUCGAAGUGAUAGAGUGUCAUCUUGCGGGGCGGAACGGCGUCGCUGACAGCAGACGCGCCGCCAGCUGAGGUCACACACACAGGGAAAAAACGGCAUCCAUGCCGUCUGGUAGCAUGUUGUAGUGUAGUGUAGUGUCUUGUAGUGUGUGGGAGUGCACUGGCUGACCUUGUUGUGCCCUCUCCAUGACGCGUUUGGUUCGGAAGAACUCCAGGAAGUCAUGCCACAGAAUGAUGCUGCCGUCCUGCACCCACCGCACCCACAACCGUAUACAUACAUGGACACAAUCAACAAAUAUUCAUGGUGAGGUGGGGUGUCCCGCCCCGUCGUCCCCUCCAUCCAUCCAUCUCGACAUCCACCUGUGUGUUUUGGACUACGUGCUUCUUGGCCUCCUCGAAGUGCUGCACCAGAUCUGACAGACACGACACACCAACACCCACCGGACAGACAGGACAUCUCUCUCAACCCACAUCAUGAUACAUACAAUUAACACACCCAUGCUAUGCCCUGCCCUGCCCUGCCCACCCCACAUCACAUCCAGGCCUUCUGUACUUACUUGCAGCGGUGAGAAGUGCGAAGAGGUUGUCGCUCUUGACGAACCCAAACUGCUCGGGGUCGAACUGACGAAACGCCUGAGUCGCAUCCUGAUCGACACACACCACACCACACCACACGACACGACACACGCGGAUGGGCGGGGUGCGUGACACUCAUCUCAUCUGACUACACAUGCAUGGUGAGGUGAGAGUGAGGUCCCUCCCUGGCUGGCCUGGCCCACCCACGUUUUGCAUCUUGACGUUUGGCGGUAGCUUUGAGACGGUCGGGUCGAGUGAGAAGAGGGUGGUGUAGUGGUUGGGGGAGCCCAGCACCCACAGGGGGUGGAUGGGGUGCUUGUAGUGCACACCCACCUCCAGGUAACGCAUCGCCUCCACCUCACUCAGGUAACCAACCAACGGCUCGCGAUCCACACCCCUGCAGAGGGAGGGGCAUGUGACGUAUGCAUUGCACACACUCAGGCCGGGCCGUGUGCUCUGUGCUGCGUGACGGUGGUCUGUCUGUGUGGUUUGUUUACUUGAGGAGCAUGCCGGUGCUGGGAUCGUCCCCCAGGAACUUCUGGCCAUCGAAGCAGUUGGAAGUGGCCUUGCCGAUCAGCAACAAAUUCACCAGCUCCUGCAGACAGACAGACAGACAGACAGACAGAAGGCCCAGAAGGCCCGUCAAAUCUCCCAAGUCCGUGUCUGUCUGUCCUUGUAACCACCCCCCCACCUGUGAGCAGUGUCCGAAUCUGCCGACCAGCGGGACUGUCGCAUCGUCCAUGUCACCCUUUACCUGACGCAUCAAUCAAUCAUGUGACGGGAGGCAGAUGUGCCAGGGUGGAUGGAUUCUCUUGUUUGCCGUUGUUGCGCAUGUAUGUUGUGUUGUGUUGUGUUGUGUUCAUUUCACCUCCUCUAUGGUCCUGGUGAGAACGAGUGAUAGCACCAGUGCCAGCACUGAGGGGGCGGGGCGCAGCAGGGUGUCCUGAUGCUUGUGGUAGAAGGCCAUCACAUCCUGAACCCUCGUAAAGGAGGCUACCCUGCAGGCAAUCACAGCACAGCACAGAGAUGAACCAGAACGAAUGUGGACGUCCACACAUGGACAGUACGGAGCGAAGAAAGCCCUGUUGUAUUGUGUUGUGUGAUCUACCUACCAUGCCUUUGCGCCAGCCAUGAUGAUGGACACGUCAAGCUGGUCGCUCCCGCCGCCCUCUCUCGAAGCCGCCACCAUCUGAUAUCCAUGACACACACACACCGUCACACAGAGGCACCGAUACGUCCGUCCGUCGCCCUGCUCACCGCCUGCAUUUGUUCCGUGUCUUGGCCUUUGGGGCCCUGCAGCAUGACCACCCUGUAGGCGCUCUUGGACGUGGCCUGGUAGAUGAGCUGCGCGAUGGCCUCGAUCAGGUGACCCCACCUGUCGCUCUCGAGCCGCGGGUGGCUCGACAAACUGAUGGGGUGGUCGCUGCUCGCAUCGCCUGAUGCUGCUGCUGCUGCUGCUGCUGCUGACGAUGGUGGCUGGUGCUGCUGGCCGUGGCUAAACAGGAUCUGCUUGAGUAUGAAGCACUGCAGAGGUGCGAGUACGCCACAUGGGCCGCCCUGCUUCUGCUUGAGUCCCCACAGAGUCCGCUCCUCACUGCUGAACUCCAAACCCUGACCCAGCCUGUAGACACAGACAGACAGACACGUACAAACAAAUGGCCGCCAGGCGUAUGUCAGGUAUGUGCCUCUUGGUGCAUACGUACGUAAGGUACAUACAUACCAUCUGAUGACGUCGUCGAGCUGUGGGUUGUUGGCUCCCUCCCCAAGGACCACCUUCAUGACCUCCACCAGCUGUUGGUCCGUCAGCCUCUCCAUCCCCUCAGGCACCUCACCGGUGGCAGCCGACCCCGCCCUCCCUCGGUCAUCCUGGGCGCUAUCGGUCGUCUUGGCCCGCUUCACAGCCGCACCGGCAUCGUCCUCUGAGCCGCCCCUGGCCUGCUCAACCACCUGCUGGAAGGGCACCAGGGUGUCGUCAGGGGACUUGUCGGUCAAAGAUGGCUGCUGCUGUGACCCAGUGGCACUCGCAAGAAUGGCGUCGAAGUUGAUGUCCGUCGGGGCUGCUGGCUGGGCGGAUGACGAUGGCUGGCUGGCCUGCUGCUGCUGUGGUGGCUGAGGUGCGCCUGGUGGGGCGGCCUUGGAGGAGGACUCUGACUCAGCUGCACACACAACACACGGGGGAGAGGAACAGGGUCGCGAGUGAAGGUCGUUGGUCGGCAAGAGAUCUCAUAUCGCGGUUGUAUGUAUCACAAUGGCUGACCUGUUUGUAGUGAGAGCUGUAUUGCCCGCUGCAGCAUCUCAUCUUCCGUGCCCUGCUGCUCGACCACCUGCCUGAUUUAUGAGAAAGAAAAACACAAAACGGCAAGUGGUGAGUGACACCGGCUCUCUUCCCCUUGUCAUUAUGUCGACUGCUUACUGCUGGUUGGCCUCCUGCAGUGACAGCCGAAUGGCGCGUUCGAGCUCAGCAUCCUCGUCGUUCAUCCUCGGAAGUAGUCGACGACACGCCUCAACGCCGAAAGAUCUCCAACGCUUUGGCUAAGGAGGGGAGAAGAAG